AUGUAUACGCGACUCAUAACGGGUGUAUUUGGACUCUGCUUCAUUCGCCACACACCGCUACUCCACAUUUCACAGCUCAUCCUCUUUUCCCGCGCCUUCACGACUUCGUGCGGAACGAGACACGCGACCCUUGUUGGCAAAGUCAACCGUCGUGCCUUCAGCUCCGGCAACAUGUUCAACGACAUCCUCAAGAAACCUUGCGCCGAAGUGGUUCCCGUCCCAGUCUUUUCGGACAACUACGCCUAUCUGCUGGUCGAGCACGGGACGACGAAUGCGUUCUGCGUGGAUCCCGCGGAGCCGCGUACCGUGCUGCAGGCCGCCGGCGAGCGGCAAUUGACGCUGACUGCCGCGCUGUGCACGCACAAGCAUUAUGACCACAGCGGCGGCAACACCGAAAUACAGCGUUUGGUACCUGGCAUAACCGUGUACGGGUCGUCUUACGAGGCGGUGCCCGGCGUGACGCACGGCCUGAUGGACGGUGAGGUGAUCCGCCUUGGCUCGCUUGAGGUGAAGGGUGUCCGUGCCGCCUGCCACACCGUAGGCCACAUGAUGUAUUACGUCUCCAACCCUUCCGACCCCUCCACUCAGCCGAUCAUGUUCACUGGCGACACGGUGUUCAUUGCCGGGUGCGGCCGUUUCUUCGAGGGCUCCGCUGCGAACAUGCUAGACAUCAUGAACAAGCUGCGCGCAUACCCCAAGGAGACCUUGAUCUACUGCGGCCACGAGUACACGGUGAAGAACUUGCAAUUCGCCAAGACUGUGGAUCCAUCCGCUGCCGUGCUGCGGAAGUUGGAGUGGGCUGAACGCGUCAGGGCCCAGGGUAUGCCCACCGUGCCGUCAACGUUAGGCGAGGAACUGGAAUACAACCCAUUCAUGCGUUCGUCUGAACUGAUGGGCACCGUCGGCGAGUCGACGGAGGAGGGCGCCAUGCGCAAAUUGCGCAGCAUGAAGGACCGCUUCUAA